AUGUCUGCUGGCAGUGCGGUUGCCCUGUUCCAGCGCGUAGUCAAGCGUCUUCAGCUUGAACGCGGCAUGCACUUUGUGACAUCGAUAAUUAAGAACUCGUUCGGAGGGUCUCGGGAUACGUAUUGGAAAACUUGGAACCAGCUUUUGUGUCACAGAACCCUCGGUGAUCUAGACACUAUAGUGCCAGAUGUUAUCAAGCCGCGAAGUGUGUCUCGGCGGCGUUACAAGUGCAGAGUGUGCGCUUACACGACGACCGCCGUCAGCCACCUUGAACGUCAUAUCAGGAAGCACACGGGCGAGCGGCCAUACCAGUGCGACCACUGUUCCAAGACAUUCAAGCAGCAGUGCCACCUAGUUCGGCACUUCAAGACCCUUCAUACGGGCGAGCACCCGUUAUCGCUUCGUGAACGGCUCAAGGUUCGCUAUCAUGACUGGGCGGUCUGAGCAGACCGUAUGGCAUCAUCCCAUUUACAAGAACUGAAAUCUGGGCGAGCUGGUAUCAAUUGCAUACUGGAGCAAGUAUUGAAAAAAAACUUACACAAGCGAGAAACUGAGACGCGAUACAUGUGCGAAUGCCUAUCUUGCAUUUGUUUUUUGUGUUUGUUUCUUGUGAUAUCUUCUCCAGCAUGCAAUGAUCCUGUGUGGGAGCGUAAUCACCUUGAUGCGUGGGAAGUGUGAACCCAUUGAAGCCUGUAAGGGAUUCAGUCUAACACGAAGCUUUUAUGGCAGCAUACGUACAAGUCGCCAUGUUUUCAAAGCCAUUACAGUACAGCAACAGAAAGCUGCACAAUGUAAAACUGCGA